CGCAUGCGUGGCAGCAGCGGAACCCUCGUGCACGCAGCCCCAUGGUAUCCUGUAGCCUCAUUAAAACAAGGAAUAUGCGGAAAAGUGUUGCAGGAGGAAACUGAAGCCGCCGGGGGACCGCAGGGGAUCUGCACACAGAGGACAGUGAGGCCGUCCCUCGGUUUAACUUUGUCUGCUGAGGCUGCUGUUUCACCCGCUGAGACUCCGGAGAGGAGGCAGCCGAACUCCUGGAGCUGUCCGAGGUAGGAGUCUCUCCCCCGGUGUCCUUCAUCUGAGCUGCAGCCUCUCAUCUCCUCCGCCACCGGCAGGAAGUGCAGCAGCGUGUCCCUCGCUGAAGACACCCCUGUCUGUCGUCAGACUCAUGAAGACAGUUUUCUGGCAGGAGAGGUGCUUCUGAGGAUAGUGAAACCAAAUCAGAGUGGAUGCUUUACGAAUAACAACUCAAAAUGCCUUCAAAGCAACUCCGUCGAAAAGAGCGAAGGAAACUCUACACCUCACUGGCUGGAGAGCUGGUGAUCAUGGCCGGGACCGUCAUGCUGGCCUACUACUUCGAGUACACCGACACCUUCAGCGUGCACGUGCAGGGCUUCUUCUGCUACGACACCACCUACACCAAGCCGUACCUGGGACCGGAGGACAGCAGCGCCGUCCCGCCCGUGCUGCUCUACGCCGUGGUGGCCGGGCUGCCCACGCUGCUGAUCACAAUCACAGAGACAGUGCUGUUCCUGGUCCAGUACACAUCCAAAGAGUUUGAUCGCUCAGAGAAGACGGUGGCCACGGGGGACUGCUGUUACCUCAACCCAUUAGUGCGCAGGACCUUCCGCUUCCUCGGAGUCUACACCUUUGGCCUCUUCACCGUUGACAUCUUUGUCAAUGCAGGCCAGGUAGUGACGGGAAACCUCGCCCCCUACUUCCUGACGGUCUGUAAGCCAAACUACACAGCACUGGGCUGCCAGCAGGCUCUGCGCUACAUCAGCCACCAGGAGGCCUGCACAGGAAACCAGGACGACAUCCUACGAGCCCGUAAAACCUUCCCAUCCAAGGAGGCCGCGCUCAGUGUGUACGCCGCACUCUACCUGGCUAUGUACGUGACCUGUACGGUGCAGGCGAAAGGCACUCGCCUGGCCAAACCAGUGCUGUCUCUCGGGCUCAUGUGUCUGGCUUUCCUCACCGGUCUGAACCGCGUGGCUGAAUACCGCAACCACUGGUCGGACGUCAUCGCUGGCUUCAUCAUAGGCACAGCCAUUGCCGCCUUCCUGGUGGUGUGUGUGGUCCAUAACUUCAAAGGCAAGCUACUGCUGAGCGAGGAGUCCCCCAUGGAGCAGCGGCCCAACACAGCCAUGCUGAGCAUGGGCCGAGUGGAGAGUCCUCUGGAGAAGUACAUCGCCUCGCAGAAUCACAUCGCCUUCGCUGAGGUCACAUGACGUGGAGUCAGCGGUGUGGCAGACCCAUUGGACAUCCACGCUCUUCACCGUCCAAUCCAAUUAAAUGGAGUGCAACGCUAAACCCAUUCUCUGUGUGUGUCUGGUCUGCGGCAUGUUGUUCUAUGUUGUCUUUACAAGGUCCCUGUUGUCAUUUGCAGCUUCUCGUAUUUAAGGGAAAAAAAGAAGAGUCAGUAACUCAGCAGGACACGUCGCUUCGUGUUCUUCAUCUAUGCACUUACUCUGAAUCCUUGACAGAAUCCAGCUUGCAGUGAGGCAAGGCCUGGAGCUUGUUGCACACUGUGGGACACUAGAUGAACAAGUGAGGAGCGUGUGAAGUCACUCAACUCUGCCUGGGUCAAAUGUGUUUUGGAUAGGAAAACUAUAUAUCUAAAUUCAAUGACAGAGAGAAAAAAAACCUUGAUUAUGUUGAAUUAAGUUAAGUUCUUCUCUUGUUUUUUUUAUUGCUGUUAUCAAAUUACUUUUAUAGACUGAUGUGAAUAUCAGAAAUUGGCAAUGAAUGCUGGGUCCAUAUUUUUUUAAUUAAUUUAGUUGAAAUGAAAGAUAAAAAAAAAGAUCACUAAUGUAAGAGAGCUCCAAAGAUAUUCUAAGUCAUUCACCUUGUGGAGGCUUGAGCAGGGUUUCCAAGUAAAGAAAACAAAAACUCAUGUCCCUUGUUGAUUAAAUUGCAAAUUUCCAACUUUCAUUUUCUUUCCCACACAUUUCUAUAAGUGUUUAGAGUGUGUGUGUACAGUGUUUACUUUAUGCAGGCAAGUCCAAGCAAUGCAAACACUUGACACCGACUGCAUUCAAACAAAAACUGUCAAGGGUUUCUUAGAUAAACCAGACAAUCACAACCUCACCCUCUUUCUUUGUUUCUCUUUCAUCUUUAACUUUCUUCGAAAAUCUACAAUUGAGUUCUCCCUAUUUUGUCAGAGAUAGCAUUAAUUCAUGACCUGAAUCACGAAACAACAACAUGCAGGCAUGCUGAGCUGCCUUCACUCUGGGCGAACACACUGUCUCCACUUUCAUCUCACGGCCUCUGAUCAUCGGCAAGGCUGCGCAUGUUUUUGUUGCACAAUGUUUUUCUCAUGUAGCUCAGUAUAACUUUUAACAUGACAAAAUCAUCCAGUUCGAUUUACACAUGAAUUAUUUCUACAAUCAAUAAUUGACAUAAUACAUUUUCUUUUAAUCUAUAAAUGGUUUUUACUAUUUUAGAAACGUUGUGCUUGCUGAUCUCCAGAGUCAGAUGAGAAUGAUUUAUCUCGGAGCACACAGUUCAAAAAGAGGUCCCAGUUUCGCUCAUUGACUGGAUGCCAGAAGAAAGUACCUCUGUAUUCACGUAGUGCUUUUCUAGUCUUGAUGCCAUUCAGUAUCUUGCCCAAGGACAUGCUGAAUGGGGAAUGAGGAAGUCUGGGAUCAACCUUCUGUUUAGAAGACGACCGCUCUAUCCCCUCAGCCAGAGCCACCCCAGGUUUAGGGUCAGAACAAUAUAAUAGGUGAGGGACAUUAAACCAACAACAAAUUCACACUUAAAACAUGGAAACAGUUAAUGUUCAGCUUUUGGAUUUGACUGAAGCCUGAAAAUGAGUUGUUGUUAUCAACAUUGAACUGAACUACUCUGUAUAAAGUGAACUGGUCACUUUUGUGGAAGGAAUUACAGAGAAUUAUCACCCAACUAAUACCUUUUUCCAACUUUUUGGCCUCUUUGAACUCAAUUGUUUUAUUUUACUGUAGUUUUAGUGUCUGAGUCUCUGUCAUCAACAACCACGCAAAGCUGUUUCUAAGCUUUAGGAUACUACCUGGCUGCUAACAUCAGUUUGUGAUUAGUGUUUAGUAUCAUUUCUUUAUCUAACCAUCUGUCUAUGAAAACCAACUACACAUAGUUCUAGAAUCAUAAAAGACCCGACCAUCUGGUUCAUCUAUUAUUUAGAUUUUAAAGGACACUAAAUACAAACCAAUGUGUAUUUUGCUUGCAUCAAUACUUAUUGAGCUUUUCCAGCUGUGCCACUGUGUCAAUACUUGGAAAAACGGGUCAAACAUCUUUUUAGUCACAAUUUUUUUAUCUUUUCUCUUGUUUUUGAAAUCGCUCUCUCUCUUAGAUUGUUUUGAUAAAUCGUUCUGCCCCUAGUGGCCAAAAGUGAA